AAAACAACCCUUAAAACCUUACGCGCGGCAGACACAGACCUUUUUCUAUAUAUAUAUAAAGACAAUCUAAAGGAUCUCUGCAAAAACAGCGGAAGCGAAGAAGAAGAAGAAGAAGAAGAAGAAGAAGUAGAAGAAGGCAUACCCACUAGAAGAAAUUACGUUAUAAAACCAAGCCGAACAUCGAGAAGGAAGAAGGAGGAGGAAUAAGGCAUACCCACAAAACAGGGUAUCCCAGAGAUUCUUCUUUCUCUGUUUCUUUUCGUUUUUGCAGCGUCCAACGUCAACAAUGGAGUCCCUUAGAAACAGAGGGGGUUUCAGGGUUUCUGUUUGUGGUCAAGAAGAGCUUGAGCAACUCUCCAGAGACGGUAGUCAGUAUAGUCUUACCACUGGAAUACUUCCUUCUCUUGGCGCUAGAAGCAAUCGCAGAGUCAAGCUCCGGCGUUUUAUUAUUUCGCCUUAUGACCGUCGAUACAGGAUUUGGGAGACUUUUCUCGUUGUUUUGGUGGUAUAUACUGCUUGGGUCUCGCCGUUCGAGUUUGGAUUCCUUAAGAAACCCCAAUCGCCACUCUCUGUUACAGACAAUGUGGUUAAUGGAUUUUUUGCUGUGGAUAUUGUUCUCACAUUCUUUGUUGCUUACCUUGAUAAAACCACCUAUUUACUUGUUGAUGAACCCAAGAAGAUUGCUCUGAAGUAUGCAAGGACAUGGCUGAUCUUUGAUGUCAUAUCCACAAUUCCUUCUGAACUUGCACAGAAGAUUUCCCCUCCGCCUCUCCGUUCUUAUGGAUUAUUCAACAUGCUUCGUCUCUGGCGUCUCCGAAGAGUCAGUGCUCUUUUCUCCAGACUGGAAAAGGAUAGGAACUAUAACUACUUUUGGGUUCGAUGUGCGAAACUCAUUUGUGUUACUCUCUUUGCGGUUCACUGUGCUGCAUGUUUCUAUUAUCUCCUUGCUGCUCGUUAUCAUGACCCAAAAAACACAUGGAUUGGAGCAUCCAUGGAAAACUUUCUGGACCAAAGUUUGUGGAUUAGAUAUGUCACUUCCAUUUAUUGGUCUAUCACUACCCUAACUACUGUUGGCUAUGGCGAUUUGCAUCCUGUGAAUACAAGGGAGAUGGUUUUUGACAUAUUCUACAUGCUUUUCAAUCUUGGUUUGACAGCAUACUUAAUUGGAAAUAUGACCAACUUAGUUGUCCAUGGAACCAGUAGAACUAGAAAAUUCAGGGAUACGAUACAAGCUGCAUCUAGUUUCGCCCAUAGGAAUCAACUUCCUCUCCGUUUACAAGACCAAAUGCUUGCACAUUUGUGUCUAAAGUUCAGAACUGACUCUGAGGGAUUGCAGCAGCAAGAAACUCUUGAUUCCUUGCCUAAAGCCAUCCGAUCAAGCAUUUCACAUUAUCUUUUCUAUUCUCUAGUAGACAAGGUCUACUUGUUUCGGGGUGUUUCAAAUGACCUACUUUUUCAGCUGGUGUCAGAAAUGAAGGCAGAGUAUUUUCCUCCAAAAGAAGAUGUAAUUUUACAAAAUGAAGCCCCAACAGACUUCUACAUUCUUGUCACGGGUGCUGUGGAUUUGCUAGUGCUCAAGAAUGGAGUUGAACAGGUUGUUGGAGAGGCUAAAACUGGUGAUCUUUGUGGAGAGAUUGGGGUGUUAUGUUACAGGCCACAAUUGUUUACUGUUCGUACAAAGCGAUUGAGUCAGUUGCUGCGUCUAAAUCGGACAGCUUUUCUGAAUAUUGUUCAAUCCAAUGUCGGUGAUGGGACUAUAAUCAUGAACAAUCUUCUUCAGCAUUUGAAGGACUUGAAAGACAAGGACCCCAUCAUGGAAGGAGUUUUGUUGGAGACAGAGAACAUGCUAGCUAGAGGCAGAAUGGACCUACCACUUAGUCUUUGUUUUGCAACACUUAGAGGAGAUGAUUUGCUUUUACACCAACUUUUGAAAAGAGGUCUCGAUCCAAAUGAAUCAGACAAUUCCGGGAGGACUUCACUUCAUAUAGCAGCAUCAAAUGGAAAUGAAAACUGUGUGCUUCUAUUGCUAGACUAUGGAGCAGAUCCCAAUAGUAGAGAUUCAGAUGGGGUUGUACCAUUAUGGGAGGCGAUACUCGGUGGCCAUGAGGCAGUAGCUCAGCUACUUAUGGACAAUGGUGCUAACCUUCGGUCAGGAGAUGUUGGACACUUUGCGUGUACUGCUGCAGAGCAAAACAACCUCCAGUUGCUCAAGGAGAUUCACCGAUAUGGAGGUGACGUUACGAGUGCUAGGAACAAUGGAACGACUGCUUUGCAUGUUGCUGUUUGUGAAGACAACAUUGAGAUCGUCAAGUUCCUUCUCAAACAAGGAGCUGAUAUUGACAAACCAGAUGUCCAUGGAUGGACUCCGAGAGAUCUAGCAGACCAACAAGGACAUGAAGGAAUUAAAAACCUCUUCCAAACAACAAAAGAAUCAAAAUCUCAAUCUGUUGUUGCAAUUCCAGAGAAGCAGACCGGUAUUCGCUUCCUUGGAAGAUUUACAAGCGAGCCUAUGAUUCGCCCGCAACCUCAGGAAGCCAAUGAUGGUUCAUGGCCAGGUCAUUCUCGUCCCCGUCGUAGGACUAACAACUUCCAUAAUUCAUUGUUUGGUAUCAUGUCAGCAGCACAGUCAGGGGAGAAAGGCAUCCCUUUUCCUGAUAACCAAACCAGUUUAGAGAACUCUGGAACCAACCCUGCAAGGGUGAUAGUAAGCUGUCCAGAGAUCGGUGAAGUUGGCGGGAAGUUGGUGCUGCUUCCAGAAAGUUACAACGAGCUGCUCGAGAUUGGUUUGAAGAAAUAUGGGAUUAUGGCAACAAAGGUAUUGAACAAAGAUGGAGCUGCCAUUGAAGAUAUAGAAGUCAUUAGGGAUGGUGAUCAUCUUGUUUUUGUCAGUGAUGGAAGAACCACAUAAUAUUUCAUUGUUUUAGUUUGGUUUUUUAUUUUGAAUUAGUGAAAGGCAAUUGUAAACGAAAGAGAAUGAUUACUGAAUAGAUAGAGAGGGGUUUGUAAAGUGCAAAACUUGUAUAUAGUUUGAGCAUUCUUUUACGCAAGUUGAAUGCCAAUCGCAACCAUUUUUACACCAAAAUUGGUGGUCGAGAAUUGAAAUGGACUGCUUCAUAUUGCUCAA